CUGUAAUGUAGAUACAGGGAUUGAGGAUCCCAUAGGAGAGCAUUGUGUAGCGCGCUCCCCCUCCCUCCCCUCUGUGUCUUCUUCACUUCCUCCCACUCUCAGUGACAGAGCCUGUGGCCGGCUCCUGCACAGGGGACACACAAACAAUACAAAGUGAAUAAAGCGGCCGCCCCAUAAUAAAGCAGCAGCUCCUUUGUUGUGUGAAGGAGGCUCCAUCAGGUCGGGGUGGGGAAGGCGGCCGAGACGUCAUCUCUGGGAGGAAAACUUUGUACACCUAUUAAGCAACCGGUGCCUUAUGUGAGAAGAGGAGCCCGGGGACUGUGCCAUGGAUAGGAGGGCAGCAGACAGCCUGGUGCACGUGUGAGCCAACCAUCCUCCACCCCGAUUUGACAUCACAUAACAAUGCAUUCAGGUGACUACAGAGGGGGCUCCAGGCUGUUCCUCCAGCCACAGAAUGGCAGCAACCUGCGCUCACCAGGUUACGUGCCUGGCAGAAUUGUUCCAUUACGCCCACCACCUCUUCCAAAGACUCAAGCAUCAGCCAAAUUUAAUUCUGCGGGGCAAGAAGCACAUGCAACAUUUGGGUUUUCUAGAGACGAACAAAACAAUCAUGCACAGGUCAUUCGCAGGAGAAGACAUAAAAACACUUUUAUAUGCUUUGCUAUUUCCAGCCUGUCGUUUUUUAUCAUCCUUGCAAUUGUUCUAGGAAUAUCCUCAAAGUAUGCCCCUGAUGAAAAUUGUCCAGAUCAGAACUAUUUUCUUAGCAACUGGAAUCCUGGGCAUGACUCCACAAAGAAGGUAGUCAUAAAAAAAGGGGACCUCUUUCGCUUGCAGUCGGAUGCCACGGUGUAUUCUAUAACCAUACAGGAUGGAGGGAAACUUGUAUUUGAAGACUGUCCAAAUGGUUUCAAAAAUAUUACACUGAGGACUCGUUUUAUCCUGGUUAAGGAUGAUGGAGCGCUCCAUAUUGGAGCAGAGAAAUGCCGCUAUAAAUCAAGGGCAAAUAUUAUUUUAUAUGGUAAAUCGGAUGAAGGAGACAGUCAUCCGAUAUUUGGUAGGAAGUUCAUUGGUGUGUCAUCUGGUGGAACACUGGAAUUACAUGGAUCCCAAAAAUCAUCUUGGACUCUGUUGACCAAAUCUCUUUCUUCUUCUGGGCUUACAGCUGGAUCUUACAGUUUUGAAAAGAUUUUUUCCAGAGGGCUGAAUGUAAGAGCUGUCGAUCCAGAAACGGCACAUGUUUUCUUUUCUGACAGAUUUGACACUUAUGAAUCUCGAAAUGAAAGCAUUAGGCUACAGGAAUUACUCAAUGGAUUGCCAUCUGGUAGUAUCGUUGCCAUGGCUGUUGGGGACUCUGCAGAAAGGAAUCUACAUGAAGGCACUCGGUUAACGAUCCAGCGUCUCCUUGGAAGUAAUCUUGUCCGAGGAUUGGAUUAUAGGCAGGCUUGGGCUCUUGUUGGUGUUAUUGGUGGCAGUAACACUUCAUGCAGUGAAAGUACUAGAGACUAUGAGAAUCACAGCACUGGAGGAAAGGCAGAGGCCAUGAACAUUUUUUCCACAUUGGACGGACAGAAGUUUGCUGUGAAAUCAUACAGCGAAUGGAAAGAUGGUAAAGCCAUUUCCGGCUUUGUUGUAGAAGCUGUUGAUGGCAUCGUUUUGAAUCUGAUGGAAGAUGUUCACAGUUGGCAACCAGGGGAUCAAGUAAUUGUUUCUAGCACUGAUUAUUCCAUGUAUCAAGCUGAAGAGUUUACACUACUACCUUGUCCUGAAUGUAACAAAUUUCAAGUCAAAGUAAAAGAGACACCUUUGUACUUCCAUAUGGGAGAAAUCACAGAUGGGCUGGAUAUGCGAGCGGAGGUGGGAGACCUUACGAGGAAUGUCGUAAUCCAAGGUGAAAUGCAGAAGGCUUGUUAUGGAAAUAACCAGUGUCAGUUUUUCAGCUAUGACACUUUUGGAGGGCAUAUUAAGAUUGUACAGAACUUUACUUCUGUCCAUCUAUCCAACGUUGAACUGAAAAACAUGGGCCAACAAAUAAUGGGAAGCUACCCUGUCCACUUUCACCUUUGUGGAGAUGUUGAUGGUUCCAACACUUAUGUGGAAGGCCUGUCCAUUCAUCAUAGCUUUUCCAGAUGUGUCACAGUCCAUGCAACCAAUGGCUUGUUGAUAAAAGACACAAUUGGUUAUGACACACUGGGCCAUUGUUUCUUCCUGGAAGAUGGCAUAGAACAAAGAAACACACUGUUUCACAACCUCGGACUGGUUACUAAGCCAGGCACUUUAUUACCAACAGACAGAAAUAGCACUGUGUGUACAGCGAUGAGGGAUAAAGUUUAUGGGAACUACAUCCCCAAUCCAGCCACUGACUGCAUGGCAGCAUCCACAUUUUGGAUCGCAAAUCCCAACAAUAACCUCAUUAACAAUGCAGCAGCUGGCUCUCAGGAUGCUGGGAUCUGGUUUGUAUUUCACAAGUCUUCAACUGGUGAAUCCCAUGGACUGUACCCAGAUACCAAAGCUGAGCUUACACCACUUGGCAUAUUCUACAACAACAGAGUUCAUUCUAAUUUUAAGGCUGGUUUGUUUAUUGACAAAGGUGUGAAGACCACGCAUGCAAGUGCUGAAGACCCUAGAGAAUAUCUGUGUCUGGAUAACAAUGCAAGAUUUCGCCCCCAUGUUGAUGCUGAUCCACUGAAGCCUAGAGUUGCUGCUGUAAUUGAUAGUCUUGUUGCUUUCAAAAAUAAUGAUCAUGGUGCGUGGGUGAGAGGAGGCGACAUUAUCAUACAUAACUCUGGGUUUUCUGACAAUGGAAUUGGCCUGACAUUCGCCAGUGACGGAAGCUUUCCAAAAGAUGAAGGCUCUAGCCAGGAAGUCUCAGAAUCUCUGUUUAUUGGAGAAAGCAGAAAUUAUGGAUUUCAGGGAGGCCAAAACAAAUACUGGGGGACAGGAGGCGUCUAUAAUAAAAAUCGCACACUCCCUCGGAACAGGACUUAUCCAAUCAGAGGCUUUCAGAUUUAUGAUGGGCCAAUUCGCCUUACAAAAAGCACCUUCAAAAACUUUGUGCCAACACCUGACAGAUUUACCAGUGCUAUUGGCUUCCUUAUGAAAAAUCCAUGGCAGCUUACUCCAAGAAAUAAUGUCUCCUUUCUUAAAUUUGGAGCCAACGUUUCAUUGAGAGCAUUUUUCGGACAGUCUGGACCAUGGUUCGAAACAGGUGAUCUGGAUGGAGAUAAAAAUUCUAUUUUCCAUGACGUGGAUGGAUCUGUUACAAACUAUAAUAAUACUUUUGUGGCCCGAAUGGAUAAUUACUUGAUCAGGCACCCUAAAUGUGUAAACAUCACAGAAUGGAAUGGAGUUAUCUGUAGUGGAACAUAUGCACAGGUCUAUAUUCAAGCACGAAAUCCACAGAAUCUCACAAUGACCAUUGCAAGAGAUGAGUAUCCAUCCAAGCCUAUGUCUCUUAGAGGAACUAACCAAAAGGCUCCUUACCAGCAGUAUCAGCCAGUAGUGAUGCUGCAAAAAGGUUACACCAUACACUGGAAUGCACAAGCUCCACAAACCAUUCAUCUUUACCUAGUUAACUUUGAUAAAGGUGACUGGGUCAGAGUCGGCCUUUGUUACCCACCAAACACCACCUUUCAAGUGAUGUCACAGAUUGUUAAAAGCCAGACUUUUCCUGUAGAAGAAUACCAACCUGUGAACUCCAUAGAUGAACUGGAGAAGAGACGAACACAGGCAAAGUACUUCUUUGACAACAGUGCUGGGCUACUUUUUCUCUUUUUGCAAGCAAAGCACAAUCGUGAAAGUCACAGCUACUGUGCUUCUCAGGGAUGUGAACGAGUUAUGAUCAAUGCUACAUUUCGAUCCAAAGCAAACAGCAACUGCAUGACCAAAGCCUAUCCCAAAUAUUCCAAAGCACCUACUGCAAUUAAGCCUAUGCCAGCUAAAUCAACUGCCACGUGUACCCGCUGUGGAGCUUCUCAGGUGGUUUUUACCAGUGAUCCUCACAACAUCUACCUCCCUUUGGAAAUUCAGUCUCUUAGCGAAGAAGAAAUUCAACAAGGGGCCACUGAAUCAUUCAUAGCGGUUAAUGGCACCAAGUAUCCAUUCAAGAAAACUGGUUUAUUAGUUGUGGUCAUUGAUGCUUGCACUGGAACAGUUAAAGAAGACUUGCAUUUUACACAAGAAAAUUCUGAGCAACUGGAAAAAUAUUUAAGAAGCAAAGUUCCUCAAAGAUCAGUAGUUGUUUUGGCAUCAAGGGGAAAGGUUUCAGAUUUCAAAAAUCUUGCACAGCAAUUGCAUAUUCUUGGAACAGCCAAACCGCCACUUCUUCAGAUCAAAGGUAGCAUUGCCUUCUUAGGAUUUAGUGGGAAGUUUAAACCAUCCUGGACAAGACUAUUCAAGAGUCCUGCAGGACAGGGCUUGGGACUAAUAGAGAGCUAUAUCCCUCUACAGCAGGAAGCAUAUGAGUGUCGAAGAGUCAGCACAAGUAAAAGGAAAGAUGUGGACCUCUUGAAAAAAGCUUUAAACGCACAUUAAAUUAAUAUAUGCCUUAAGGGUUAAGCAAAAAAUGUGAACUAACUUAUUUAAUUUAUGGCAAUUACACUGUUAUCCAGCGUAAAUCAAAUUACUGUUUUAUUACAGAGGGAAAGCCUAAAAUCAAAGCCCUAAUGCCAAUGCACCUUUUUAGUUGUAUAUAGUCAUGAAUGCUUUUUAUGACUGUUUUGUAAAGAUAGGUUUUACAGUUGUGAUUUUUUUUUUUGGGUGGUUUUGUAUGUGCUGUAAACUGUAUUUUUUUUAUACUUUUAUAUCACUGAUAUUUUAUAGUGUUUAUAAUUAUGGAUCUGACUGGAAGCGUUUUUAAAUUGUGUUUCUUUGCACCAUGGUUUACUUGAAAGAUGUUUUCAUUAAAAUCUUUCUGCAAGUUA